AUGACUAUCAAAGUUCUUAUCGUCGGCGCUGGUGCAGUUGGUGCUUUCUAUGGAUCUCGAAUUGCUCAAGUUCAAGAUACUCAAGUUUCCGUUAUAUGUCGAUCAAAUUACAAAGCUGUCACCGCCAAUGGAUUCAAUAUCACAUCACCAAAAUUUGGGAAAUAUAAAUUCAUUCCUCAUCAAACAUUUCCCAAUCCACAAGUAGCUCGAGAUUUAAAUGAAUCUUGGGAUUUCAUUGUCGUUAGCACAAAAGCACUUCCAGAUAUCAGUGACGAUUCCGAGAUCCUAAAAGGUCUUGUGAAGAAAGGUCAUACAUCUAUUGUGUUGGUUCAAAAUGGUCUCGGUGUGGAAGAACCAUAUUUGAAAAGGUUCUCAUAUUCUGCCAUCUUGAGUGCUGUUACCAUUGUGAGCGCUGAGCAGAGUUCUCCAGGGUUCAUUAAGCACAAUAGAUGGACAAGAAUAAGCGUUGGUCCAUAUUUACCUGGAGUUAUCGAAUCGACGAAGUUAAAUGAUGGUCAAACAAUUGCUGUCGAGCGAAAUAAUGCAUUUGUGAAAUUAUUACAAACAGGAGGGAUUUCAGAUGCUCAGGAAUAUUCGCAUUGGAAACUUCAAAUGGUUCGAUGGCAUAAGAUUGCCAUUAAUGCGAGUAUGAAUCCUUCUGCGGUUCUUUCGGCUGGAAGUACAAAUAAUGAUAUGUCCCUCGAUCCAGAGCUUUACAUUCAUUUGAAAGGUGUUAUGGAUGAAGUGUUAGAAACAGCUCCAAAGAUAUUGGGAACCAAACUACCAAUGGAAUUUGCAACUUCCGAUCAGCUACUGAAGAGUACACAGAAGAAUACGAGUGGGAGUAAGCCGAGUAUGUUGUUGGAUUGGGAACAAGGAAAGACAAUGGAGCUUGAGGUUAUUCUUGGGAAUCCAAUUCGAAUUGCGAGAAGUCAUGGAUUGGAAAUGCCACGACUACAAACAUUGUAUGCCCUGUUGAGAAAAGCUCAAGAGAAUAGAAUGAAGGAGAGAUUGGUCAGUAAACUUUGA